UGGAAGCCGGCCUGUGCAGCUGUUAGCGGUACUGGCUUUGGAGAUGGGCGCACAGCAAGCCGUUCGGAAGCGCUGUCUGCGCGUAACGGGGCGUGAUCUAGUGGAGCUACCCACAGCUGCCCAGCAGCUGCACCAGAGUGACAGCCUCUGGCCUUUUGCAGAAGUUCUGCCAGGAUGACAGACGUGACACGGGGUCGGGACAUUCGUGCGGAGUUGGGUUUAGAGACCGCGUAGCUGCUUGCCUCUCCUUCCGCCUCGAUUCCAUUUAGCUUCUGGGUGCCUAGAGGGGCUUCAGCCUUGCAGUGAUAUUUCCUAGAGGAGCCGGGCCAGGCACGGUCACUAGUGUGGAGCAGGUGAACAGCUCGGCCUCAUCCAACAGAUAGUUGCUGAGUGUAUCAUGAUGUUAUUGGGUUUGAUUUCAAGCCACUUAUGAGACUGGACGUCUUCCCAAAAUGGACGGCCUAGUGCGGGUCUUCCCAGGAGCUCCGGGCUGCUGCUAAUGGCCGAGACCGAACCCGCCCGCAGCCCGCUUGCAGCCCCCGAGUAUCGGUCCAGCCUGUGCCGUCCUGACCAUGGACAGAGUGCCGGCCGGAUCCAGCAGUGGCACCCCAGCUCGCCCCGAGGCCCUCCCAGAGCCCCCAGGGUCACUGGUGCCACCUGACCAGUGGGCUGACGCCCCGUGUGCCAGUGUCGAAGCCCAUAGAGCUGCAGAUGGAGGGCGAGGCCUGGAUGGACCUGGCAAGGGGGACACCUGUCAGAACGGGCCGACGCCACUCUUCCCAGACCCUGCAUCGCCUCUUGGUCCUGCCCCGAGCCCACUGGGUCCCGAGGCCUCUGCAGGUGUGGCUGAUUUCCAUGACAACCUAAGGAAGUCUCAGGGGACUGGUGCUGAGGGCAGUGUUAGAAAAGAAGCUUUGCAGUCCCUCAGACUCAGUCUUCCUAUGCAAGAAACACAACUGUGUUCAACAGAGGCUUCCCUGCCCCUGGAGAAGGAGGAGCAGGUCCGACUUCAGGCUCGGAGACGGCUCGAAGAACAGCUCAAACAGUACAGAGUGAAGCGCCAGCAGGAAAGAUGCAGUCAGCCUGCGGCCAGAGCACGACUGUCCAGCACGCUCGACCCGGAGCUCAUGCUGAACCCGGAGGCCCUGCCCCGUGCCAGCCCGGUGGCUCUGACGAAGGAGUACUCCUUCCUGCGCACCAGUGUCCCCCGAGGGCCGAAGGUGGGCAGCCUGGGGCUCCUGGCGCAUCCCAAGGGGAAAAGAAGUUCCAAACCGAGCAAAAUCCGGUCUCUGGCCGAUUACAAAACUGAAGACUCCAGUGCCGGGAGCUGUGGUGGGAACGCUCCGGCCGCAGACGCUGCCGGGGGCGCCCUGAAGCAGAGCCGGAGCAGCGUGACGUCAGUAGUGUCCGAGGUCAGCCCGUGUCCUGAGGCCGAGGACCACCUGGAGAACGCGUCCCUGACAGGCGACAACACGUCUGAGGCUGACGGGAACGAGAGCGACAGCUCCUCCCUCAGCAGCGUGUCUACCCGUGGGACGCGCGGGCUUCUGGUGGACCCUGUGGGCACUCGCGACGCUUCCUAUGUGGUCAACGGCCAGGAGAUCGCCGCCGCUGCCCUGGGCCAGUUCCCCUCCAUCACGGAUGUCCUCCAGGCUGCGGCGGCCGAGCACCAGGACCAGGGACGGGAGGUCAACGGGGAGACGCGGAGCCGGACAGACAGCAUCUGCAGCAGCGUGUCCCUGGAAAGCUCCGCUGCGGAGACCCACGACGCGGUGCUGCAGGCCCUGAAAGACAAGAUGAGACUCGAGGGUCAGCUGGAGGCGUUGUCUUUAGAGGCCAGUCAGGCACUUAAAGAGAAGGCGGAGCUCCAGGCGCAGCUGGCCGCCCUGAGCACGAGGCUGCAGGCGCAGGUGGAGCAGAGCCACAGCAGCCAGCAGAAGCAGGACUCGCUCAGUUCGGAGGUGGACACCUUGAAGCAGUCUUGCUGGGACCUGGAGCGAGCAAUGACUGACCUGCAGAACAUGCUGGAAGCCAAGAACGCCAGCCUGGCAUCGUCCAACAGCGACCUGCAGCUGGCCGAGGAGCAGUACCAGCGACUCGUGGCCAAGGUGGAAGAGAUGCAGAGGAGCAUCCUCAGCAAGGACAACACAGUGCACGACCUGCGACAGCAGAUGACGGGCCUGCAGAGCCAGCUGCAGCAGGUGCAGCUGGAGCGGACCACGCUGAGCAGCAAGUUGAAGGCGUCCCAGGCCGAGAUCGCGUCUCUGCAGCACGUGCGGCAGUGGUACCAGCAGCAGCUCGCCCUGGCGCAGGAGGCCCGGGUCCGACUGCAGGGCGAAAUGGCCCACAUCCAGGUUGGACAGAUGACCCAGGCAGGCCUGCUGGAGCACCUGAAACUUGAGAACGUGUCCCUGUCCCACCAGCUGACGGAAACCCAGCACAGAUCCAUCAAGGAGAAGGAGCGCAUUGCCAUCCAGCUCCAGGGCAUCGAGGCCGACAUGUUGGACCAGGAGGCUGCCUUUGCGCAGAUUCAAGAGGCCAAGACGAUGGUGGAGGAGGAUCUGCAGCGGAGGCUGGAGGAGUUCGAGGGCGAGAAGGAGCAGCUGCAGAAGGUGGCGGCCGCGGCCGCAUCCCUCGAGCAGCAGCUGGAGCAGGUGAAGCUGGCGCUGCAGCAGCGAGACCAGCAGCUUGAGGCCCUGCGGCAGGAGCACCUCGACCUGCUGAAGCAGCUGACCUGUGCGCAGGAGGCGCUGCAGGCCCGGGAGCGCGCCCUGGGGGACGUGCAGGUGCGCUGCGACGAGCUGCAGGCCCGGCUGGAGGAGCUGCAGGAGGAGGCCGCCUCCAGGGACGACGCGAUCCGCUCCCUGCAGAACGAGAAGAUUGUCUUGGAGGUGGCCCUGCAGGCGGCCCGGAGCGGCGGGGAGGGGCUGGACAGGGGAGCGCAGCGCCUGGCAGAGGGCGCCGAGGAGACGUCGCAGGUUCUGGAGCAGCUGAGACAGGAGUUGGCCGUCAAGUCCAGCCAGGUGGGGCACCUGCAGCAGGAAGCUGCCACUCUGAGAAAGCAGACGCAGAAAGUCAAGGAGCAGUUUCUUCAACAAAAGGUGAUGGUGGAGGCCUACCGGCGGGAUGCCACCUCCAAGGACCAGCUCAUUGGUGAGCUCAAGGCCACGAAGAAGAGGCUGGACUCAGAGCUGAAGGAGCUGAGGCAAGAGUUAAUUAAAGUUCAAGGGGAGAAGAAGUCCGUGGAUGUGGAGCAUGUGCGCCUGCAGAAGGAAGUGUCUCACGUCCGUCAGCAGAUGGCCGACCUCGAGGGGCAUCUGCAGGUGGUGCAGAGGGAGCGCGACGAGAUGGAGACACACUUACAGUCUUUGCAGUUUGAUAAAGAGCAGAUGGUAGCUCUUACGGAGGCCAACGAUGUGCUCAAGAAGCAAAUUGAGGAGCUCCAACAAGAAGCCACCAAGGCCAUCACGGAACAGAAGCAGAGGAUGAAGCGGCUGGGCUCAGACCUGAGCAGCGCCCAGAAGGAGAUGAAGACCAAGCACAAGGCUUAUGAGAGCGCUGUGGGCAUCCUGAGCCGCCGCCUGCAGGAGGCCCUCGCGGCCAAGGAGUCGGCAGAGGCGGAGCUGAGCCAGCUGAGAGCCCAGGGCGCUGGCAGCGGCAGCGACCUCACUCUGCACGAGAGAAUCCAGGCUCUGGAGGCAGAGCUGCAGGCCGUCGCCCACAGCAAGACGAUGCUGGAGAAGGAGCUCCAGGAGAUCAUCUCACUGACCAGCCAGGAGUUGGAGGAGUACCGGGAGAAGGUGCUGGAGCUGGAGGAUGAGCUGCAAGAGUCCAGAGGCUUCAGGAGGAAGAUAAAGCGCCUGGAGGAGUUGAAUAAGAAGUUGGCCCUUGAGUUGGAGCACGAAAGAGGGAAGCUUACGGGCCUGGGGCAGUCCAACGCAGCCUUGCGGGAACACAACAGCAUCUUAGAAACCGCGUUAGCCAAGAGGGAGGCCGACCUGGUCCAGCUGAACCUCCAGGUACAGGCGGUCUUGCAGCGGAAGGAGGAGGAGGACCGCCAGACGAAGCAGCUCGUCCACGCCUUAGAAGCCGCGCUGGAGCAGGAGAAGGCCAAAGUGCACAGCCUCAAGGAACAGGUUGCUGCAGCCAAGGCGGAGGCAGGACAUAACCGCCGCCACUUCAAGGCCGCCACCUUGGAGCUGAGUGAGGUGAAGAAGGAGCUUCAGGCCAAGGAGCACCUGGUGCAGAAGCUGCAGGCCGAGGCCGAAGGUCUUCAGAUCCAAGAGGGGAAACACUCCCAGGAAAUAGGACUGUUCCAGGCGGAGCUGGCGGAGGCCCGGACCCAGCUCCAGCUCCUGCAGAAGCAGCUGGACGAACAGCUGAAUAGACAGCCUGCGGGAAACCAAGAGAUGGAAAAUCUCAAAUGGGAGGUGGAUCAGAAAGAAAGAGAAAUCCAGUCCUUGAAGCAGCAGCUGGACUUGACUGAACAGCAGAGUAAAAAGGAACUGGAUGGAAUACAGCACUUACUGCAGAAUAUCAAAGCUGAGCUGGAGACGGUGCGAGAAGAUCUGUCCCUGACCCAGAAAGAUAAAUUUAUGCUGCAAGCUAAAGUCUCAGAGCUGAAGAACAACAUGAAGACUCUGCUCCAGCAAAACCAGCAGCUCAGGCUGGACCUGCGGCGUGGCGCGGCCAAGACGAGAAAGGAACUGAAAGGCGAGGCCGGCUCUUCGGGCCCCGUGACGCCGGUGAAGAUCCCCGACUGUCCCGUCCCGGCCUCCCUGCUGGAGGAGCUGCUGAGGCCCCCGCCUGCCGUGAGCAAGGAGCCCCUCAAGAACCUCAACAGCUGUCUCCAGCAGCUGAAGCAGGAGAUGGACAGCCUUCAGCGCCAGAUGGAAGCGCACACCGUUACCGUGCACGAGUCGCUGUCCUCGUGGACUCAGGGGGACCCCUCUGCCAGCCCAGCUCCCCUGGGAGAUCACGCCAACCCCCGGGGAGACACGGAGCAACUCGGGCAGUGCAAGGUCUCCAGAGAGGAGCUUGGAACAGCGGCUGCCGAGCGUCCACAGUCCGAGUGCUUGUAACUACCCAAAGGAAUAUUCUUUUGUCAAGGUUAUUUAUUUGACUGUUUGCUCUGUUUUUCUAAGAGAUGAGGUUUAAAUUUUGCAUUUGCCUUUACAAGGAGUAAAAGGACAGAACGAGAGCUGAGGAUUAGAGAAAUAGUCAUUUGCAAAUCACAACUAGCUUUUCCCACGAAAUGACCAAAUCUUAACACCAUAACCUAGAUCUCAGCAAGAAGGUUUUGGAUGUGUCCGAAGGGAAUCUCUCACGAGUGACCGUAGAUGCUGCUGUCUGAGGAGACGCCAGCCGGCGGCCCCCACUGGCAGUGCUGCGUGACCGGGUCCCAUUUCUCUCUUUCCUGCCCAAUUCAGUAAGAGCUUUACCUCUCUACAGAAACGAAAGUUUAUUUGCACCUUUGGUUUUUAUUUUAUUUUUAAUGGCUAUCUCACCAUAGGAUGUGUAUAUAAAUACUGAAAAUCGAUCUAAUCUUUAAAAAGUAUGUCUGUAUUAUUUAAGAAUGACCUGAAUUGUCUUUUUGUUGAUUGCCUUUUGAAAAUGUGCUGUCAGGAAUUAAUGCACACGUAGGGUUUAGGGAUGUCAGUCAGAAAAUUAUAUUUUAAGAAAUCAUUAUUUUAUUUACUGUUCUAAAACCAAAUAUUCUUAGAAAAGGGUCUUUAUUUUAGUUUCACUUUAUUUUUGAGGGCCUUGUCGUAAGUGCACAACACCCCCUGCCAUCCAACCCUUGGCCCGGCACAACCUCACUCACCUUAGCUGACCCCAGUCACUAUGCGCUGGCCUGACGUGUGAGAUGCUUGGGGAGAGGUUCCAGGAGAGGAGGGGAGGGGGGCCAGGGCUCCAAACCCAGGCUUCCCCAGGCCACCACCCCCCCAACCCCACGCCUCCGCGAAAAUGUCCAGCAGAGCCUGUGUGGUCAUCAGAGGGCACGCUGGACUCUUCAGAAGGUUUGGAAGGUCCUGCAGCCUCUCCGCUGGAGACACUGAGGUUUCUAGAAGGGGCAGGUCAGCUCCGUGGGGAGGCGUUGGCGGUGGCCUCCCCAGCUGUCCUGUAGGGGAGGAGCUGGAUUUGGAGCUCCCUCAGCGUGGGAGGUUUCUCGUGGACAUUUCUCCACCUGAAACACAGAAGUGCUGCAGAAACUGACUGGCCGUGACCCCUGACGUCUGUAACUUUGUCCCCUACUUGGCUGAGAAAUCUAAACUAACCCUCACUGUUGUGAGUUAGAGCAGAGAGGCCUCUGGUGCAGAUCUGCUGGUCUGGAGAUGAACUUGGAGGGGUUACUGAUGGGGCCACAUCCGCCUGUGUCGACUCACUACUUUUGUCUCUCUUGAGGAGAAAACAGUUUGGUAUUUGAAAGCUGUUUGUGUUCUCUCACAAGAUGCUGUUAGAAGGUUCACUGAUAAAGUAGCGUUAACCACAAGAUGUUUAGUGUUUAAAAAAAUUCCCUAGCGACUCUUGGGACUUCUGAAACGUGUAUAUCACUUGUACAGGGUUAAUCUUAAAGUAAUACUUGAAGACUUCAUUAUAAAUAUAUCCUAUUUUUCAUCUUAAGUUGGAAACCGUUUUUGACAAAAUUGUUUUUGUACCAUUAGAGAAGAAAAAAAUCAUAAUUUACAUUCUUAUUUAUUUGGGGUGUAUUAUCCUCAGUUUUAAUUUUAAAACCAGCACGUGACACUCAGCCUCCUGCCGUGGCUGCUUCCUCACUGCUGCGUGCCGGCGGCCCCCCGGGGACGGUCACUGCGCGUCUUCUCUUAGGAAAGGGUCAGCUGGUUGUGAGCAAGUCCCUGUUCCUCACCUCCUUUCCUUCAUGUCUUACCCUCUGUGUGCCGUGUGCCUGUGUGUGCGCCUGCACAUGCAUGUGCGUGUGGCUGUGCCUACGUGUGUAUGUGCAUGUGGGUGGGUGUGUGUGCCACUGUGUGUGCAUGUGAACGUGUGAGUGGACCUGUGUGGGUAUGCACAUGUGCACGUGUGCGUGGGUGUGCCUAUGUGUGUAUGUGCAUGUGUAUCUGUGUGUGUGUGUGUGUCCGAGUGUGCAUGCGCAUGUGCCAGUGUGUACCUGUGUAUGUGUGUGUCCCUACCUGUCAUUGUGCG